CUGGACCCUUCCUACCCCCGGCCUGUUCCUAUUCACCACGUACUAUAGCAAAUUCGCGAUGCUCUCUUCAAGCCUUCCACAGCAUUGUGCUCGCAUUUCUCGUGCGGUUGUCGGCUCGGAAAGUAUCUUCUGGCUUAAGCUGUCGGUUUUAAACAAAAUUUCGGAUCUCGCAAAAAAUUGAAGCAAACCAUCUUCGGUCUUGGUAACAAUGACAAAUUUCCUGUCCCUUCUGGUGCUCACUCUGGCUUGCGUAAUUGUCCACGCCCAACAAACAUCUGAUCAAAAACCUGUUUUCGGGCAAACGUUCGACGAAAUUGUAGUCUCGUCGGAUCUAAACGUUCGAAGGAAAUCGAAAGAAAGCCGUCAGGGUAAAAGAUUGACGAACAUACCAUCAGGAACCACCGGCCCACCAGAAAAAUCCACCGUACUUGCGUCCAGAUUCGUUUCCAAUGACGGCAGUCGAAUCACCUCGGAGAAAACCAAAUCGAAACGCGACAUUUCAAAUUUACAGAAAAGGUAUCUGGACAUGGGCGUUACAGGAUACUUGCUGAACUCUCGGAAAUGAUGAAAUUUCUAUUCCGGGGACAACCGCACGAUCCUCACACACCCAUUCCGACCAUACUUUUCGGACCACUUUCGGACCAUGGCUCAUGUAACAAAAAGGAUAAUAAAAAUUUUCUGUGUCACAGCAA